AUGGGUCCCCCUGACCUGGAUUUGAAACGGGAGCAAGACUCCUACCAGGAAUCUCUUUACAAUCAGGGAUAUUUGGAUCAUCCGGACCCCCGUAACAUAAGAAAGAGCUCCGUUCCUGAGUUGAACAGCCAUUACGACCGGCCACCCAUGGCUCACCGUGGUUCCCUGCCACCCCACGACUACUAUCAGCAAGACUCAGGCAUGUCACCACGGCCAUCUGAGGGUUUUUAUCGUGGAGCGCAACCUCAUUCUAUUAAUAGGUCAUCUUCACAUUAUGGAAUGAUGGCUGGUCCUCGGCAAUUCUGGGAACAGAGCUCAGGAGGUCGGCCUGGUUCUGCUGCCCCAACACCUGGCAUACCUCCUCCCCCACCUCCAACUGCUCAUGACAUGGGUCGUAUUUACAGAGAACCAUCCCUGCCUGGACCCCCACAUGCUACUCCUGGCACCAAAAUGAUGCAGGAUGGGUAGCGCAUUCCAAGCCGUGCACCAUCUCCAGCUCAUUAUAUAAUGGAGCCAAAUUCUCCCGUUAUGGUGCUGAGCCACCUGC